AUGGGAAAUGCCUCUGAAACAUUUCUGCUCACGUCCAGAAUCUCUAAAGACAAUGACUUUCUCAUGGGAACUCUCUACACCAUUUUUGGUGUGCUGUCGAUGUUGGGGAAUGGGAUUCUGCUGUUUGUGGCGUAUAGAAAGAAGUCCUCCCUGAAGCCAGCAGAGUUCUUUGUGGUCAACCUGGCCAUCAGUGACCUGGGCAUGACCACAACCCUGUUCCCACUGGCUAUCCCCUCAGCAUUCACUCACAUGUGGCUGUUUAAUAAGACGAUCUGUACAGCAUAUGCCUUCUGUGGAGUUUUGUUUGGCCUGUGCAGUCUCACCAACCUUACAGUGCUCUCCUGCGUCUGCUGGCUCAAGGUCUGCUGCCCAAACUAUGGUAACAAGUUCUCCUACUGCCAUGCCUGCCUGCUGGUUGCUGGAGUAUGGUGCUAUGCUGCAGUUUUUGCUGUAGGUCCCCUCUCAGGCUGGGGGGAGUAUGGAGCGGAGCCUUACGGUACAGCGUGCUGCAUCAACUGGCAUGCUCCCAGCCAAAACUCUGCAGCUAUGAGCUACAUCGUCUGCCUGUUUUUCUUCUGCUACAUUGUGCCCUGCACUGUCAUUUUUCUGUCCUAUACGUUCAUCCUGCUGACUGUGCGGGGCUCUCGCCAGGCUGUGCAACAGCACAUGUCCCCGCAGAACAAGAUCACCAAUGCACAUGCACUUAUCAUUAAGCUUUCAGUGGCAGUUUGCAUCGGUUUCCUGACAGCGUGGAGUCCAUAUGCCAUCGUCUCCAUGUGGGCAGCAUUUGGUAACCCAACAACUGUACCACCCAUGGCUUUUGCUCUGGCAGCUAUUUUUGCUAAGUCCUCCACCCUUUACAACCCUGUUGUCUAUCUGGUGUUUAAGCCAAACUUCCGCAAGUCUCUUUGUCGGGAUGUGGCCCAGUGCAGAAGGACACUCUGCGGAUGUUUGUGUCAGAACAGCUCCGUACAGAAGGGAACUUGCAGGCAAUCCCAUCACAAAGAAGAGUGCAACUCUACCAGGUUGUCAAAUGGGCUACCAGAGAACCAUGGGACCUGCAGACACUGUCCUUGCCCUGAAACAGUCACUGGCACCAGAGAAAACUGUCCUGAAUACAGCCCCCAGCAGACUGCUAGGAUACUUAAAGGAUCAACAAACAGUGAGGUGGCUGUCAGUCAGCUCUCCAAUGAGUUGCAGAGUGACUUCCUUUAGAGAAACAAACACAGUCAGACAGUGAGAAGGUGGAAAAAAAGACAAUUUAUGGAGAAAAAGAUGGCAAGAACAGUGGUUUAGAUAAACUAAAUGUAAAUCAGGGAAAAAGGCUAUAUGGAA